CUAAAGUUUCAAGCAAAACAACAAAAAUGAUCUUUUAGAAUAAUUAUUAUAAUAAUAACGACGAUUAAUGAACUCUAUAUAUCUCACAAAAGAAGGACAUGUUUGCAAUCCCAACCAAGAAGAUAAACACCUUAGCAAAUUCAAAGAAGAAUAUAUCAAACAUCUUUUGUUUCUAAGAAAUAAGCUCUCUGAUUAUGUCGGGAGCAUCUUCUGUUUCUUCUAUUUGUUCCUCUAAUGUAUCAUUGAUCCCUACGGGACCUCAAGUGUUCAUCAAUUUCCGGGGGAAAGAUUUACGAAAAGGCUUCAUGAGCUUUCUUAAGCCUGCUUUGAAAAAAGAAAAGAUCAACGUGUUUAUUGACGAACAAGAGGAGAGGGGCAAAUACCUAAUCAGUCUUUUUGAUACGAUAGGUGAGUCGAAAAUCGCUUUGGUUAUCUUUUCUGAAGGAUACUGCGAGUCACAUUGGUGUAUGGACGAGCUGGUGAAAAUCAAGGAAUACAUGGAUCAAAACAGACUCAUAAUCAUUCCAAUAUUCUACAGGCUUGAUCUCGAUGUGGUAAAAGAUCUUACAGGAAAAUUUGGCGAUAAUUUUUGGGAUUUGGUAGAUAAAUAUCAACCUGAACCAAAAAAGCUCCAUAAAUGGACGGAAGCUUUGUUCUCUGUUUGCGAAUUGUUUUCCUUGAUCUUACCAAAACACAGUGACAUUUCGGAUAGAGAUUUUGUAAAGUCAAUCGUCAAGGCUGUUAAAAAAGUGCAGAAGAAUUUCUUCCAACGAAGAAAUGGAGAAAUAGAAUAUCAAGAUUUCUCAGUCCCUGCAUGUAAACUCACUAUCACUAUGCACGAGUCACCAAAUGAGGAAGCCGUUCAAGUUACGGUGCUAAAUGAAUUUUACCAGAUGAAGAAUCAGUCACCAGUGCCCUCAUACGAGUUCAAAUUUUGGGUCGACCUUACGAGACCAAAGGGUAACGUUUUCAUGAUUGACGCAAGAGAUCUUUCCAUUGCAUGGUCAGAGGACUCCAACCAUUGGACCUGGCUCCCUCUCCCAAACCAAAAUUCAAAUGAAUCAGUGAUGGAAAUUGCAUUUUUGAAAAGUGCUAGCUGGCUAGACGUAGCUGGAAAGUUUGACACUCGAUAUUUGACCCCGAGGACAAGGUACGAGGUGGUGUUCGUAGUGAAGUUAGAAUACACAUUCGAAUGGGAGACACUAGUGAAGCUAAAGCUAGACUUGCCGAAUACUUGGGAGAAACCGCAAGAACAGAGUGUGGACAUGUUUGACUACAUAAGUGACCAAUGGCUCGAUAUUCCAGUUGGAGAGUUCACCACAUCGAAGAAAAACGUCGGGGAAAUCUCUUUUGCAAUGUACGAACACGAGUGCCAACUGUGGAAGUCAGGCCUCUUCGUCAAAGGUGUUACAAUUCGUCCCAAAUACUAAGUCAUUUUAUAAGCAUGUAUGUUGUUGGUCUGAGAUAUAUAUAGUGGAAAUGCUCGCUUUGAACCAUAAUCUUAGUUUCACCUCCCAAAUGUUUGUUACAAUGUUACUUGUGUAGAUAGUUUGACCGGUUUCAAAACUUAUACUCUAUUUACUCUCUUCUGCAUUGGUUAUCAC